AUGCGGGUCCGGAUUCGAGGGCCGUCGGGCAAGUCGACAACAGCAACGCUCGACGAGUCGGCGACCGUGGAAACGUUGCGUCAAACCAUUGCCGCCGAAACAGGAUUGUCCUCGUUCGACGUCAAAGCUGGCUAUCCUCCAAAGACGCUGCCGCUCGACCAAUAUACUGGAUCCAAGCUGCUGUCGGAGCUUGACGUCAAAUUGAACGGAGAGCAACUGAUAGUCAACCCUGCCGAACCAUCCGCAGCGCGAAAGGAUUCCACCGCCACCACCAAGCAGCCAGCUCAGAGUGCUUCAAGCAAUGGUUCGCAGCAAACCCAAGCCAGCCCGGGCUCAUCGAACGACCAUCACCGCAAUGUUGCACAACCACCACCAGCAAACGCAGGUCCUACAUUAAACAAAUCCACCACGGCAGCCGAACCAUUAUCCCUCACGCGCAAAGAAAACAAAGAAAUGACCACUGACCCACCGGAGAUCUUCCUACCAGAUCUAGGCGGAUCACUCGUCCUCCGCAUCAUGCCGGACGACAACUCAUGCCUAUUCCGAGCAGUAGCCAGUGCCGUCUUAUCAGACGUGGACGCAGUAACGGAAUUGCGAUCAAUCGUCGCGCAGACCAUCCAGGCGAAUCCCGAGAAAUACACCAAAGCGAUCCUGGACAACAAGGAGCCAGACGCUUACUGCCGCUGGAUCCAGAGCGAAGAUGCCUGGGGCGGCCAGAUCGAACUGGACAUACUUAGUCGACAAUUCGAUAUUGAGAUUUGCAGUCUUGAUGUCCAGACGUUACGGGUCGAUCGGUACAAUGAGGGCGCUGCCCGACGUUGUUUUGUCGUCUACUCGGGCAUUCACUACGAUACCAUCGCCUUGAGUCUGUUUGGCAUGUCGCCGGAGAAUGAUGUCAAGCAGUUCGAGGAACCGCUGUCUACUGAAGUCUUGGCUAGUGCCAUUGCGUUAUGCCAGAAAUUGCAGGACCGGCAUUACUAUACUGACACGGCGGGGUUCAGGCUCAGGUGUGGUGACUGUGGAGCAGUUUGUGUCGGUGAGGCUGGGGCCACGAGACAUGCAAAGGAUACGGGCCAUUAUAAUUUUGGGGAGGCCGCCUGA